UCUCUCUUUCUCUCGCUAACGUCUCCAUUAUUAAUGAAAAAAAAGGUAAAUAUUAUAUUCCACCAGUGCAUCUUCUGGAGCUUGCCCCCGACGCUCUCCGGUGACCGCGUAAAAAUGGCCGUCCCUCUCCCAAAACCCCCUCAUUUCCCCCUUCCCCAUCGCCCCAAGACCCUAAUUUUCUCACUGUACGCGCUUCUGUUUCUCGUUUUCGCCUCAGGAAGUUUUGAAGAGGGAGAGGGCGAACUAUUUGUGGGUAUUUUGAGGGACGAGGCAGUCGAUAGGAUCAAAGAGUUGGGAAAGAUUUCUGAUGCUGAUAGUUAUCUUGAAAGAACAUUUUUAAGUCCGGCCUCUAUAAGAGCUUCAGAACUUAUCCUAAAUUGGAUGCAGGAUGCUGGUCUGAAAACGUGGGUGGACCAGAUUGGCAAUGUACAUGGUCGAGUUGAAGGAAUGAAUUCAAGUGCUGAAGCUCUACUUAUUGGAUCUCAUUUGGACACUGUCAUUGAUGCUGGAAUGUAUGAUGGAUCGUUGGGUGUUAUCUGUGCCAUUUCCGCUUUAAAAGUUCUCAGAGUAAGUGGGAAGCUGCAGAACCUUCGAAGGCCAGUAGAGGUAAUUGCUUUUAGUGAUGAAGAGGGGGUCAGGUUUCAAACUACAUUUCUAGGCAGUGCAGCUAUAGCGGGUAGUUUACCCAAAUAUAUAUUGCAAAUAUCUGAUAACAGUGGCAUUACGUUGCAAGAUGUCCUUAGAGAAAGUUCAUUCCAAGGUACCAAUGAGAGCCUGGAUCAGAUCAAGUAUCAACCAGAAUCAAUUUGGAGUUAUAUUGAGGUCCACAUUGAACAAGGUCCUGUACUUGAAUCCAUUGGUAACCCUGUCGGCAUUGUGAGAGGUAUUGCAGGACAGACACGACUGAAGGUAAUUAUCACAGGUUCUCAAGGACAUGCAGGCACUGUCCCAAUGUUCAUGCGCUGUGAUCCAAUGGCUGCUUCUUCUGAACUCAUAUUCUCGUUAGAGACUCUCUGCAAGAAUCCUGAACGUUUUUUUGCUGUUGAUGAUCAAUGUGGAAGCUUCAGAAAGGAAUCUUUCGAAGGAUUAGUUUGCACGGUUGGAGAAAUUUCUUGUUGGCCAAGUGCAAGCAAUGUCAUCCCUGGCCAGGUAAAUUUUACUGUGGAUAUUCGAGCAGUAGAUGACUUGAUAAGGGAAUCUAUCGUAUUUGAAUUUUCCAAUAGGAUAAAUAAAGUAUGCGAGAAUCGGAUGGUUAAUUGCACCAUUGAUCGUAAGCAUGAUGCAGAGGCUGCACAUUGCAGCUCAGAAUUGAGCCUGCAACUUCAAAAUGCAGCUCAUUCAGCUGUCAAGAAAAUGGAUACUGACAUCCAAGGGGGUGUACCUGUAUUAAUGAGCGGAGCAGGGCAUGAUGCAAUGGCUAUGUCUCAUUUAGCUAAGGUUGGCAUGGUUUUUGUUCGGUGUCGAGGAGGCGUUAGCCAUUCCCCUGAGGAGUAUGUAUUAGAUAAUGAUGUGUGGGCAGCUGGUCUUACUCUACUCCAGUUUCUUGAGACCAACAUUUUAGAUUAAUGAAGGCGCCACAGAGAAGUAUUAAUCUGCUGGACCUAACAUAACAGAACCUAACCAUGUCCUGUGCUAGGGUGUACGAGGAUUGUUGCUGUUUGUGAAGGAGAAUAACUAGGCAAGAUGCAAGCAUCCACACACGCGCACACGCAGGUGUAAAACAACUUACCGAGAAAGUAUGUACUAUUAUUGUAAUUAUUACUUUCAACAAAAUAAACUAACACCUUGCUGCAUCUCCAUGCUACUUGUUCCUCACUUUUCUUCACUGUAAUUAUACUUUUAACAAAAUAAAGUCAGGUCUUGUUAUCCAUCA